AUGACCCCAAUCCUACCAAGAGCACUCAAUAAAAUACUGCAAGACACCCUAGAUGUUACAGGUGCAGAGCUCAUGCGCAGCAGAGUGGAGGAGGAACUCAGACAGGAAGUGAGAGACGAAAUGCUCAGCACCAUGAGAGAUGAGAUGCAGAGGACCACCAGAGGCUCCACCGUCAACUAUACGGAUAACACGGACGCCAGUGAAGCCAUGGCCCGACCCACUGCCACCCUAGAGGAACAGCAGCGUAUGACGAACGAAAAAAGGGUGAGUGCACCUCUCAGCCACCAUCACUUCACACGCUCAAAAGCCAUGUUACCUCCAGCAUAUCCAGACGCAGCUACAGCACACCACAGCUCCUCCGCUUUCCCUCUGGUUGAAUCCAGUGGUGGACACAAAAUCUAUAAACCAUUCGCUGUUAGCGAUACACAAACCAUCAGUGAUAAGCUGCCCCCCAUCUCUGAGGGAGGCAACUUAUGGCUGGACAAAUUGGACUGCCUGACUAAAGGCCAAGAUCUAGCCCUCGGCGAUUUCAGGGCUAUUCUCGCGCUCUGUGUCACCCCUACCGAACUCAGGGACAUCGAAACCUGUGCAGGCACCAUUUCCUGCAAUGAUGACAGGCAGCUAGUCACAGUAAUUAGGGCUCUGCGUAACGAGCUCCGUUCCAAAUACCCGCUUCCCAACGGUCCAAUGAUCCCCAAGUUCUCAUGGGACAAAAGUCUCUCUCCUAGCGAGUAUCUAGCCCAGUGCAAGGAACAAUGGUCCAAAUACACAGGGGUUCACCCCAGUAAGGGCCAGGAACAUUGGUUUAGAGAUGCUGUAAUUAAAGGUGUUCCAGCAGACGUUAGAGAACACUUGGAAAACAGCCCAGACCUUCCGGGCUCAACCUGCCUGGUGUGGGAACGACAUCUCAAACACCACCUACAGAGAGCGAAAGACAGAGCUGACAAAGCAGGUGAUGAUGACAAAGACAUGCAGAGACAACUUAUGAAGCUGCAGCUCACCCAGGCUCGGAGAAAUAUCACUGAGGGUAAGAAAGAUCGUAAUACAGAUAAAAUUAUGAUUGCCGCUGCCUCUAACGACCCACAGAUUUCACCUGACAUGUACCCAGUGCCCCAGCGGGCAGAUUGUUCUCCCUAUUCUCCUCCCACAGAUCAAUCUCAGGGUUCGUGGGGCAGAGGACGUGGAGCGAGGUCUGGUGGACCCUACAGGGGAGGAGGUUUCCAGGGCAACAGGAGAUUUCGUAACAACGGCCCUCCCCGCCAGGGCGGUUACUGGAAUCAGGCACAAACAGCACCUACACGCAACAACGCCUGCCACUCCUGCGGCAUGAAUGGACACUGGUGGCGUGAAUGUCCAAACUAUCCACCAAACCCUCCGCAGCAACACAGCUACCCGAUGCGUGGCAUGGCCCGUGGACCACCUCCGCUGAGACAGGGAGGACCACCCCCACAACAGCAGCAGCAGCAGCAGGCCCACCAGUUUCCAGUCGCAGUCACUGCCUGGGACCAGACCUGGGAGGCUCAGGACGCCUACCAGUAUCCUCAAUGA